AUGAAGCGGUCCGCUUCAGCCCUUGGAGGACCUCAAGUAUGGGACGCUGCUCCUCCCGUCACGACAAAUUCUCAUUCAUCAUUUCGUCCUCCUUAUACUCACUACGCCAUAAUAUACCUAGACCAAGAUGGCAAGCUCAAGAUUGACGAGUCUUCAUCUAUUCAAGAGCAAAAUGCAACCGUGUUCAACCCUGAAUUCUGCCAAAACUUCCUUCAGAUCCUCGGUGAAAGUAUUGGCUACUACGCCCCCAUUGGCAAACCAGUAGAUGCAUCUCCCCGGCGGGUGAGGCGUCGCAAGGUUAAUGGUACCUCCACCUCCGAGGACCGACUCCUCGAGCCGGCUUCUGACAGCGAAGACUUCUCUGAGGGAUCUACUAAAAUGAUUCCUCUGCGCAUUGGAGACACCCAACAAGUUAUGUCUUACUAUGAGAAUGCUCUUAACCACUUCCAACAACUCAACUGCCGCAUGGUUGUCAGAUUAAAAGCUCAUGCCUGGUGGUGA